CACGCGUUAGUCGUAGUACGCACAAGAAAAGCCAUGGCGGCCUCCUCUUUAGCUGCUUUGUUCUCCAUCUCCCUUUUGCUUCUGCUCCUGUGUCAUGGCUCUCUCGGCUUCGGUCAGGGAGGGUGGGGAAGCGCGCACCGGCUCGGAGCUCAGCAAGGCGAGUGCCAGAUCGAGCGGCUGAACGCUCUCAGCCCCACCCUGAGUGUCCAGUCGGAGGCCGGCGUCACGGAGUACUUUGACGAGAACAACGAGCAGUUCAAGUGCGCCGGAGUAAACGCUUUUCGCCGUACUCUUCAGCCGAGAGGCCUCCUCCUCCCCUCUUUCUCCAACGCCCCUCGCCUCGUUUACAUCAUCCAAGGCAGGGGUAUCGCUGGAAUAGUGAUCCCUGGUUGCCCAGAGACGUUCCAAUCUUUCCAGGAAGAACGUUUCCAGGAAGGGCAACAAGCCCAGAGUUCCCGAGACGAGCAUCAGAGAAUCCUCCACUUCCGGGAGGGAGACGUCAUCGCGUUGCCCGCUGGAGUCGCUCACUGGUGCUACAAUAACGGUGACAGGCCAGUUAUUGCCAUCACCGUCGUCGACAUCAGCAACAACGCAAACCAACUAGAUCGGAACCACAGGGAAUUCCUACUUGCUGGAAAACAGAGGAGCGGCCGAGAAACAUCCGGAGGCAAAUGGCAGGAGACGUCGGGUAAUAACGUCCUUAGCGGGUUCGACGUCGAGUUGCUUGCCCAGGCCACGGGUCUGAGCGGGGAUACAGCGAGGAAGAUCCAGGGCAAGGAUGACGAGAGGGGUGAGAUGGUCCGAGUUGAGAAGGGUCUCGAGGUGCUGAGGCCGUCGAGCAGAGAGCAGAGGGAGAGCGAGAGAGAGAGAGGUGAGAGAGAGGAGGGUGAACGGGAGAGAAGCCUUCCCAACGGCCUGGACGAGACCUACUGCGCCAUGAGAAUCAUGGAGAACAUCGCUGAUCCCGCACGUGCUGAUGUGUACACCCCGCGCGGCGGAAGCAUUACGACUCUCAACAGCCUGAAGCUCAAUAUUCUCAGAGAGAUCCAGUUGAGUGCCGAAAGAGUCGUCCUCUACAGGAAUGCCAUCUUAGCGCCCUACUGGAACAUCAACGCACACAGCAUAAUGUAUGUCACUGGUGGACGCGGCCGGGUCCAGAUCGUCAGCGACCAGGGACGAACAGUCUUCGACGGCGAGGUCCGGCAAGACCAGCUGCUGAUCGUGCCCCAGAACUACGCGGUGAUUAAGCAGGCACAGGGCGAAGGCUUCCAGUGGACAUCCUUCAAGACCAACGGCAACGCCAUGGUGAGCCAGAUCGUGGGGAAGGCAUCGGUCCUCCGGGGAAUGCCGGAGGAGGUGCUUAUGAACUCUUACCGGAUCUCUAUCCAGGAAGCGAGGCGGCUCAAGUUCAACAGGGGGAAUCAGAUGGCAAUUUUCUCGCCGAGGUCCGCGAGAAGAGGACAUUAUGAUGUGUGAAACGGCAAGGGGUAACUGAGUUAGCUAUAUAUAUAUAUAUAUAUAUAUAUAUAUAUAGAGAGAGAGAGAGAGAGAGAGAGAGAGAGAGAGAGAGAGAGAGAGAGAGAGACUUCGCGAGCUUAGACGAAGUCUGGAGUUUAACAUAAAUAAAGCUCUAACGUCCAGUGAGGAGUCAAUCUCGUGUAGCACGCCUUAUGUACGAUGUAACAAUAAUAUGCAUAAUUCUCCUAAUGGACGACUCGCAAUUGCAGUACA